ACAGGUGAUGGCAGCAGAGGAGGAGUUAUCUCCUACAUGACACAACGCGCUCGCCCUCAUCACUUUCCGCGGACCCUUCAAUGUCGACCGUUGAUUUCUUCUCCUUCCUUCGUCCUAUAUAGUAUAUUGCCAUUGUACCGUUAGGUUUCAAAAACCCCACACAUUCCCUUCAAUUUCUAUCCCUCUUUCUCUGCAAAUCAUCGGUUGUGAGGAAAUUGGUCCAGAUUUCGGAUGGUUUGUGAAGAUUUGACUAUGGUUUCGCCUUCCUUUCCUGUCAUUGAAGUCUUGAAUUCAAUGGCUGAUGGAAAGAAGUACAUAACAUCAGAAGAGUUAGGAAAGCAUAACAAGCCUGGUGAUCUAUGGAUCUCCAUUCAGGGUAAAGUUUACAAUGUUACAGAGUGGGCUAAAGAACACCCUGGUGGAGAUAUUCCACUCUUGAAUCUUGCGGGCCAGGAUGUGACCGAUGCAUUCAUCGCGUUUCAUCCUGGUACCGCAUGGAAGCAUCUUGACAAACUCUACACAGGGUAUCAUUUAAAGGAUUAUCAAGUUUCGGAUGUUUCUAGAGACUACCGGAAGCUUGCUUCCGAGUUUUCAAAGGCCGGGAUGUUUGAUAAGAAAGGGCAUGGUGUAAUAUACUCACUAUGUUUCGUGUCUUUACUCCUUUCCGGGUGUGUAUACGGAGUUCUAUAUUCCACCAGUUUCUGGGUUCAUAUGUUUGCUGGAGCAUUGUUGGGAUUAGCAUGGAUGCAAAUCGCUUACUUGGGUCAUGAUGCCGGGCACUACCAAAUGAUGGCUACUCGUGGGUGGAACAAAUUCGCUGGAAUCUUUAUCGGGAACUGUAUAACAGGUAUAAGCAUCGCGUGGUGGAAGUGGACACAUAACGCGCAUCAUAUCGCUUGCAAUAGCCUCGAUUACGAUCCCGACCUUCAACACUUGCCAAUGCUAGCAGUCUCUUCUAAACUCUUCAACUCGUUAACGUCCGUUUUCUAUGGCAGGCAAUUGACAUUCGAUCCGUUGGCUAGAUUCUUUGUAAGCUACCAACAUUAUUCAUAUUAUCCCAUCAUGUGUGUCGCAAGGGUCAACCUGUACUUACAGACAUUGCUGUUGCUGAUUUCAAAGAGAAAGGUGCCCGACAGAGGUCUAAACAUUCUUGGAACCCUUGUUUUCUGGACCUGGUUUCCUCUUCUUGUUUCGUGCUUACCCAAUUGGCCGGAAAGGGUGGCCUUUGUGUUGGUCAGCUUUUGUGUUACGGGCAUCCAACACGUUCAGUUCACGCUGAACCACUUUGCCGCAAACGUUUACAUAGGUGCACCAAAGGGGAACGAUUGGUUCGAGAAACAAACAAGUGGGACGAUCGACAUUUCGUGCUCUUCUUGGAUGGAUUGGUUCUUCGGUGGCUUACAGUUUCAACUCGAGCACCAUUUAUUCCCGAGAUUGCCUCGGUGUCAUUUGAGGUCGAUCUCGCCUAUUGUGAGGGACCUUUGCAAGAAACACAAUCUGCCGUAUACGAGUUUGUCGUUCUACGAUGCUAAUGUAACGACACUGAAAACGCUUAGAACCGCAGCGCUACAGGCACGAGAUGUUGCGAACCCGGGUCCUCCCCAGAAUUUAGUAUGGGAGGCUUUUAAUACUCAUGGAUGAGGGAGUUGUUAGUACGGAAGACUCAAUUGGGAAUUUUUUUAUUUGAGCAGUAAGAAUUAAAAAGGAUGUGUUCCAUAUUUAUUGAACAGUAGAUAAUUGCUAUUAACAGUGUAUAAUUGUUGUAUUAUGUAUGUUGUUUUUCACCUUGUAUUUAUUUAAUUAAUACUAUGAUUUUAAGAUGGCAACUAAUUCU